UUUGUUAAAUUAAAAAAGUUGAAUAUGGUUAAUAUUUCAGAGGAGCCUAGGGAACAAAAUGAUCGGCGGACCUUUGGGUCCUUUGGCUCGAGAGCCGCAACUGGGGCAAACACCGCACCUUUGAAUCCUGCAGGUCCAAGAGGCCGAGGACGUGGACGUGGAACAACUCAUUCCUCAUUUGGAGGUCAAGCACAAACUGAUGAUAACAAAGAGGAUUCUAAUACAAAGUCUGAACGUGUUUCGCCUACAGAGCCAGAGACAAUUGGACCAAGACGCGGAUCAUUUGGGAGAGGAAAUGGCAGAGGAGGAUUCACUUCCCGCCAAGCAGAGGGAGCUGAUGGCACUGAUUUUGGUGAUCGUCCUGCGAAUAGUGACUCUAAUGAAAAUAAUACCCGUGGAAGGGGAGGUUUUGGUGGACGUGGAAGAGGAGCUUUUGCGACUUCUAAGUCUAACGAAGACAAUAACUCUACGGAUGCUGGGGGAGAAGGAGGACGUGGAAGAGGUUCAGGAUUCCGAGGCCGUGGUGCUGGAGGACCUCGUUUUGGUGAAAAUGGUUCGUCUUUUGGAGGUGGGGCUGGAAAUAAUGCAGAUAGCACUAAUAAUGAUGGAGACAAGCCUCGCGGUUUUGGUGGACGUGGGCGCACAUUUGGGGAUGGUGGAGGUUCACGUGCAUUUGGCGAUGGUGGAGGAUCACGCACGUUUGGCGAGGGUGGAGGUGCACGCACAUUUGGUGAUGGUGGAGGUGCACGUGGAUCAUUUGCAGGCGGAGGGCGCCGCUUUGAGGACAACGGUGGACAAACAACUUUUCGACCUUAUGCUUCUGAAGAAGAACGUGCUCGAGAUACUCCUCAUGUCCCAGUUGACCGCACAAUUGAAGAUAUCCGUGCUGAAGAUAUUAAGGCUGCUGAACAGUAUAAAAAUAUUUGUGAAGAGGAUGAAGAAUGCGUUGUUACUGGGCUUGAAUCUGCAACUCAAGUUCUCGAUGAUUGGGGUGAAGCCAACUUUGAACCAAAACUGAAAGAAAAUAUUGAAAAGGCUCAAUACAUUCGUUUGCGAAAAAUUCAAUCUCUUGCUAUUCCUUUGAUUAUGGACGGACAUGAUGUCAAAGGCCAUGCUGAAUCUGGAAGUGGAAAGAGCGCAGCAUUUUUGUUGCCCAUUAUCAAUAAAAUUAUGGUGUUAAAGAAGAAGGAGGAAUUUAAGUCGAAACGAGUUUGCCCGUAUGCGCUUAUAAUUGAACCAACACGUGAAUUGGCAAUUCAACUAUACGAUCAAGCAAGAAAAUUGGCUGAUGAAACUGGUGUUUCUGUUGCUAAAGCUUAUGGAAUGUUCAAGCAUAAAGAAAAUUUGAAGCAUAUUUCAACUAGUGGUUGUGAUAUUCUUGUUGGGACUCCUGGCCGUCUUACCGACUUUUUUAUGAAUGAAUUUCUUGACUUUGAAUUAAUGAAAAUUUUGGUUUUGGAUGAAGCUGACCAGUUACUUGAAGACAGUUUUGCACGUGAUCUGCGUCGUUUAACUAAAGUGAACGGAUGGCCAAAGAAUGAGGACCGUCAAACUCUGCUUUUUAGUGCCACUUUUCCACCAGAAGUUCAAGUGUGGGCGAGCGAGUGGCUCAAAAAGGAAAAUGUGAUGGUUUCAAAUCGUAAAUUGGUGGAUGCUAACCCGCGUAUUAUUCAAAAGUUUAUGAAAGUUUCGCGUGGUGAAAAGAACAAUGAACUUUUGAAAUUGCUUAAACAAGAGGAGGAAGAUGCCAAAAAAGAAAAUCCUGACAAUCCGAACAAAAAACGAACUAUGGUCUUUGUAAAAAUGAAACGCACGGCUGACGUCGUCUCGACAUUCCUUAAUGUUAAUGGUCUCAAGUCAACUACUAUCAAUGGAGAUCGGCCACAAAAGUUGCGAGAACAAUCAUUGAAUGAAUUUAGGGAUGGAAAACACAAUAUUGUGGUAACAACUGAUGUUUGCUCUAGAGGAAUUGACAUUAAAGGCCUUGACCAUGUAUGA